GACUUGAGCCAGCUCAGAGACGUGGAUAUCCCGUGGGCUUUAGAGUGUUCUCAUUGGUAUGAGUUCUUUCUCCCUUUCCCUUUCUCUUCCUCUAGCACAGAAUAUGCCAUCAAUAAGUUGCGGCAAGAAGGAAGCGAGGAGGGGAUGUAUGUGCUGAGGUGGAGCUGUACCGACUUUGACAAUAUCCUCAUGACUGUCACCUGCUUUGAAAAAUCUGAGGUGCUGGGUGGCCAGAAACAGUUCAAGAACUUUCAGAUCGAGGUGCAGAAGGGCCGCUAUAGCCUGCAUGGCUCAGACCGCAGCUUCCCCAGCCUGGGGGACCUGAUGAGCCACCUCAAGAAGCAGAUCCUGCGCACGGACAACAUCAGCUUUGUGCUGAAGCGCUGCUGCCAGCCCAAGCCCCGAGAGAUCUCCAAUCUUCUGGUGGCUACUAAGAAAGCCCAGGAGUGGCAGCCUGUCUACCCCAUGAGCCAGCUGAGUUUUGACCGGAUCCUCAAGAAAGAUAUUGUGCAAGGCGAGCACCUUGGGAGAGGCACACGGACGCACAUCUACUCCGGUACCCUGGUGGAUUACAAGGAUGACGAAGGAACUUCCGAAGAGAAGAGAAUAAAAGUGAUCCUCAAAGUCUUAGACCCCAGCCACAGGGACAUUUCUCUGGCCUUCUUUGAAGCAGCCAGCAUGAUGAGGCAGGUCUCCCACAAACACAUCGUGUACCUCUAUGGCGUCUGUGUCCGAGACGUGGAGAAUAUCAUGGUGGAGGAGUUUGUGGAAGGCGGGCCCCUGGAUCUCUUCAUGCACCGGAAAAGCGAUGUCCUCACCACACCAUGGAAAUUCAAAGUUGCCAAACAGCUGGCCAGCGCCCUGAGUUACUUGGAGGAUAAAGACCUGGUCCAUGGAAACGUGUGCACAAAAAACCUUCUCCUGGCCCGCGAGGGUAUUGACAGCGAGUGCGGCCCGUUCAUCAAGCUCAGUGACCCUGGCAUCCCCAUCACAGUGCUGUCCAGGCAGGAGUGCAUAGAACGAAUCCCAUGGAUUGCUCCCGAGUGUGUUGAAGACUCCAAGAACCUGAGUGUGGCUGCUGACAAAUGGAGCUUUGGAACCACACUCUGGGAGAUCUGCUACAAUGGCGAGAUCCCUCUGAAAGACAAGACCCUGAUUGAGAAAGAGAGAUUCUACGAAAGCCGGUGCCGGCCAGUGACACCAUCUUGUAAGGAGCUGGCUGACCUUAUGACCCGCUGCAUGAACUAUGACCCCAACCAGAGACCCUUCUUCCGAGCCAUCAUGAGAGACAUCAAUAAACUGGAAGAGCAGAAUCCAGACAUUGUUUCCGAAAGAAAGCCGGCAAUCGAAGUAGAUCCCACACAUUUUGAAAAGCGGUUCUUGAAGAGGAUCCGUGACUUGGGGGAGGGCCACUUUGGGAAGGUUGAGCUCUGCAGGUAUGACCCUGAGGGGGACAAUACCGGGGAGCAGGUGGCGGUCAAAUCCCUGAAGCCCGAGAGUGGAGGCAACCACAUAGCUGACCUGAAGAAGGAAAUUGAAAUCCUAAGGAACCUCUAUCAUGAGAACAUUGUGAAGUACAAAGGCAUCUGUACAGAAGACGGAGGAAAUGGUAUUAAGCUCAUCAUGGAAUUUCUGCCUUCAGGAAGCCUUAAGGAAUAUCUUCCAAAGAAUAAGAACAAAAUUAACCUCAAACAGCAAUUAAAAUACGCCGUUCAGAUUUGUAAGGGGAUGGACUAUUUGGGUUCUCGGCAGUACGUUCACCGGGACUUGGCAGCAAGAAAUGUCCUCGUUGAGAGUGAGCACCAAGUGAAAAUUGGAGACUUUGGUUUGACCAAAGCAAUUGAAACUGACAAGGAGUACUACACAGUCAAGGAUGAUCGGGACAGCCCUGUGUUUUGGUAUGCUCCUGAAUGUUUAAUUCAGUGUAAAUUUUAUAUCGCCUCUGAUGUCUGGUCGUUUGGAGUGACUCUGCAUGAGCUGCUUACUUACUGUGACUCAGAUUACAGCCCCAUGGCGUUGUUCCUGAAAAUGAUAGGCCCAACUCAUGGCCAGAUGACAGUCACAAGACUUGUGAAUACAUUAAAAGAAGGAAAACGUUUGCCUUGUCCACGUCACUGUCCAGAUGAGGUUUAUCAACUUAUGAGAAAAUGCUGGGAAUUCCAACCAUCCAAUCGGACAACUUUUCAGAACCUUAUUGAAGGAUUUGAAGCACUUUUAAAAUAAGAAGCAUGGAUAACAUUUAAACUCCUGUGUAUCAGGUCCUCCUUCCCCAACCAAUACCCAAGCCAUUUAAAAUUUUUAAUGGAAAAAUUUGUAUUUGGGUAUGUAAGGCACACUGUGGUGCUUAUUAUGUGUACGUACUUCCCUCUUGAAAUUUGGCACCGGUAACAGAUAAUGACCACCGAAACAAUAGAAAGCACUUAAGCACUCCUCCUUUUGAAAAGAAUGGAAAGCACCGUUCUGUUUGGCUAGCGUACUGUCCCAGUUGCAUACCAGAAAGGGAGAGGAGCUGACAGAAGCCCUUGUUCCCAGCCGCCUGUUGAUCUGAAAUGCUUUCCCGGCAGAUAGAGAUUGAUGGACUUAGGCACUACUCUAACAUGCCCUCAGAUUUCAAUAUCUCUACAGUGAUAGACCAAGCAUUCUUGAAAUAUUAGAUACCCAUUAGUAGACUAUUGUUUCUAUACCAAGAUGAGUGUAUUCCUGUCACCAGUAGGACUUAAACUUUGAGUUGUCUCUUCAGUGGCUUUGCUCCUGUCCCCGUGGGUGACCAGCAAUACUGAGUUUUGAGAAAACUGGUCAGAGCCAGGGGGACAGCUGUGGAAUAGAUACUCUGUUGCCUGUUAAUUCUUGAGAACCAAGCCUGUGCUUUCCUAAAAAGUAUACCUUUAAUCAGAAUGGACUCCAAGACCCCGGGUACUAUCAUACCUGCUUUUCAGAAAUGUUAAUGUAUAUCCUUUUCUAACUAACUCACUCUACCACUUUGGGGCAAGCUGUUGCAGCAUUGGUUUUGGAUGCUGUGUGCAACCAAUCAGCGUUUUUGUACUUAACCAUCCAUAUACAAGAGUUCAGGAGCUACUAGACAGUUUUUAGACCGUUUUCAGUUUGCUUGGAGGUAGCUGGGUAAUCAAAAAUGUCUAAUCUCUGAUUCAAUGUGAACCGUAAGAACUUGAUGACCAAGAGUCUGAAAAACUUUUUGUUAAUGCUGUCUAGCAUUUGUUUGAUAUCCUUACUUUUCACCUUUUGAGCCUAAAGAGUUCUGGAUUGAUUCAAUGGCAACAAUAAACUUGCCAUUUAAAUUUAUUCAAUAACCCUACAUCACCAAGGUCUCUGUCUGUGUCAAACCUGUGGCCACUCUAUAUGCACUUUGUUUACUCUUUAUACAAAUAAAUAUACUAGAGACUUCACAUGCAAA